UUGGAACUUACUCUGUAAACCAGGCUGGCCUCGAACUCAAGAGAUCCGCCUACCUCUGCCUCCUGAGUGCUGGGAUUAAAGGAGUGUGCCACCACCACCACCCGGCGACUUCAGUUUUCCAAUCUGCACACAAACACAGAUAUAAGGUGACUUGCCCGAUGCCAGACCACAGCAAGAGCAACAAGCAUCACGAGUUCUUCAGAAGUCAACCUUGAGACCCUUCACUGCGUUUUGAAAUCAUAAUUUUGACUUCAGAAAACGAGGACCCCGUUCAGCACUUGGAAGCCUUCUUACAUGCCAGUUGCAAGGAGGCCAACAGAAUCAGAAUGAGAUAUUCAUAAGGUCACUGUAUCUAGCAGUGGACAACCGUAGCAAUCAGCUCUUCUUUAUCACGGGCCACGCCCCCUCCCCACCCCGAUAGGUUCCAUUAUUUUGCCAGAGCUUGAAAUCCGAAAGAGGAACCAAUGCCAUCGCUUCCACGGUCCAAAGCCUGGUUCUUUACUGUGCUUGUUCCAAAGCUGCAGCAGGAUCCUGGAGUUCUCUGGGCCGCAGCCCGCCGAGAGCUGUCCGUUUGUUGGUGAAGGGGUGCCACUGGCCCUGGAUGCUAGGGUUGUCGGUGUGGAAGGGCUUGCGGAUGCGGAUCACAUCCAAGCCGGACUGGUUCGCCAGCUUCUGCACCAGUGACGUGAUCUCCUCCACCGACUUGCUGUUGACAUUUUCCUCGCGUACGGUCCCGUUAACUGGCAGAGGAACGUGGGAAAGAGUAGAAACCGUCAGGUCGGAAGUCAAAACAAGAAGAACCCGGAGGGCAAGCCUGGAUCCCGCCCUGCCGCCCCAGCGAGGCCCCACUUACGGUAUUCGGCCACUAUUCUGGGCACGGCACACGGCCGCGGAUUCACGUAGAUUACGACCCCUGGGUUCCGUCGGGCGAAGUCAGUCACUUCGCGUUCCACGAACUCCCUGCGAGGCCCAGCGAAGGAUGGCCACAGCUGCCUUCGAGCACCAAGCCCCUUUGUUGGGUCUUCAGACAUCAAAAACCAGAAGGAUUCGACCGCUUCCUUCUGCCUCUUCAUUGACAAGACCACAGGACACUUUCUCUGCAUGACUAGCCUAGCAGAAGGGAGCUGGGAAGACUUCCAGGCCAGUGUGGAGGGACGAGGGGAUGGAGCCAAAGAGGGAAUACUGCUUACUGAGGGCCCGGAAGCUGAGGACAGAGAGGAGGUCCUGAGAAUCUGGAAUCGAGCUAUCCCUCUCUGGGAGCUACCUGAUCCUGAGGAGGCCAAGCUGGCUCGUAUGAUGUUUGGCCUGACCAAGGUGACAGAUGACACUCUCCGGAGAUUCAGCGUCCGCUAUCUCCGAUCUACUCAAAGUUUGGUCUUCCCUUGGUUCACCCCUGGGAGCGCAGGAUUACGUGGCCUGAAGCUACUAGGGGCUGAAGAUCAGGGGAAUGGAGUACAGUAUGUGGAGACCACCAUUCCCCGGCCUGGUGCCUACCACAACCUAUUUGGAUUACCAUUGAUCGGCCGUCGAGAUGCGGAGGUGGUCCUCACGAGCCGUGAGCUGGACAGCUUGGCCUUGAGCCAGUCCAUGGGGCUGCCCACCCUUGCCCUACCCCGAGGAACAGUCUGUUUACCCCCACCUUUACUCCCUUACCUUGAACAGUUCCGUCGAAUUGUAUUCUGGCUAGGGGAUGACCUUCGGUCCUGGGAGGCCGCCAAACUGUUUGCCCGAAAACUCAAUCCCAAGCGAUGCUCUUUAGUGAGGCCUGGUAACCAACAACCUCGUCCGCUGGAGGCCUUAAACCAAGGCUUAAGUCUUGCUCGUAUUCUUCGUACUGCGCUCCCUGCCUGGCACAAGUCUAUUGUGUCUUUCCGCCAGCUCCGGGAGGAGGUUCUAGGAGAGCUGUCAAAUGUGGAGCAAGCAGCUGGGGUCCGCUGGAGUCGCUUCCCAGACCUCAAUCGUCUCCUGAAGGGGCACCGGAAGGGCGAGCUCACGGUGUUUACAGGGCCAACAGGGAGUGGAAAGACAACAUUCAUCAGUGAAUAUGCCCUGGAUUUAUGUACCCAAGGGGUGAACACACUUUGGGGUAGCUUUGAGAUCAGCAAUGUGAAACUCGCCCGGGUCAUGCUGACUCAGUUUGCCGUGACACGGCUGGAAGAGCAGCUGGACAAGUAUGAAGAGUGGGCAGACCGCUUUGAAGACCUGCCUCUCUACUUCAUGACUUUCCACGGGCAGCAGAGCAUCAAGUCUGUAAUAGAUACAAUGCAACACGCUGUCUACGUCUAUGAUGUUUGUCAUGUGGUCAUCGACAACUUGCAGUUCAUGAUGGGCCAUGAGCAGUUCUCUUCCGACAGGAUUGCAGCUCAGGACUACAUCGUUGGAGCCUUUCGGAAGUUUGCUACAGAUAACAGCUGCCAUGUGACUCUGGUCAUUCACCCACGGAAGGAGGAUGACGACAAGGAGCUGCAGACAGCUUCCAUUUUUGGUUCAGCCAAGGCAAGCCAAGAAGCAGACAAUGUUAUGAUCCUGCAGGAUAGGAAGCUGGUGACUGGGCCAGGGAAACGGUAUCUGCAGGUGUCCAAGAAUCGCUUUGAUGGAGAUGUAGGUGUCUUCCCACUGGAGUUCAACAAGAGUUCCCUUACCUUCUCCAUCCCACCGAAGAGUAAAGCCCGACUCAAGAAGAUCAAGGAUGACAAUGGACUAGUGACCAAAAAGCCCUCUUCUGGCAAAAAAGGUGGUGGGCACCAGAACUCUGAGACUUGCUUAGGCCAGGACCCCAGUCCCUACCAGCCAGAUACCACCAAGUCCUCAAGGUGAAAGCAGUGCAUAGCUGCUUGCUAAAGUGAGCUUGAUGGCCCAGGCUAACACAGACUCUUGGCCUUCUGCUAGGACUCCUCUCCCGUAUAGUCCUGAGCUGUGGAACCUUCCCGGCCUAGGGCUGGGUUCUGUGAUAAGAAAAUUUAACUCAACAGUUAUUGGGGGGCCUCCCAUAUGCUGGGUUUUUAUUGUUUAUUUUUAUAUAUAGCACGGAAAAGACAAGGUCUGUUUCCAAAGAACCAGCAAUUUGGUGACAGGAACAAGGCAAAGUGAAGAACGCUAGACUGCUCCCAGCCAGUUUCAUUAAGCAGUCUAAAAAGGUGUGUGAGCAGAGUGCAUGUGAGAACUGAGAGUAGGCCCUGGGAGCCGCUGGAGAAAGGAUCCAGGCAGAGAAGCUACUAAAACCCGAGGUGGGAGUGAGCAGGUCAGACAAUGAGGGCAGGCCUUGAACUGUCCUACAACAGGAGGCUUCUUGCUGAGAGUCAGCGUCCAGGCAUUCAGAGACAAAGAGGGAUGCAGUAGACACCAAGUGCCUCUGCUCUCUGCUCUUAGAGCCAGGCAUGAUGUAGCUGUACCUGUUAGAACUGAUCCUAGGUACUUAUCCCUGUAUUCUCGGCCUCAAAGAUGGGGGCUUCCUUCCAGUGGAUUGCAUCGCUGUAGAACCAUGGAAAGCAGCUGUGAGCCCUCGGUGCCUGCCCCCUGGACACUGACUCCAUUGUGUGCUGCCUCCGACAGCUGGAGUGAGGACUCUGGAGCCUUUUCCAGUUUGAAUGAAACAUUUCAGUUGUCUUUGUU